AUGAUAAGUAUUUUGAGCACGACUCGAAACAGUAUCCGAUUCGGUAAACGCGACCACGACUCGCGGCGUGACGAGCCCAUUUCGCAAUUUGACAAGUGUCCGAAUAGUCCUCACCUCGAGUUGGUGUUUGGUCUCGUCCUACUUGCCCACGCCAGCGCUCAAUCUCCCGCUUCAGAUUCUGAGCAAGCCCAAGUUUCUCAAGUGGAGUCGCCACUCCAAAGCCUCGGUAGUAGACACUUGAGGGCGCUCAAGUCGCACCAAGAGGCCGCCGACGACGACGUCGCUGAAGAACGCAUCGACUUUUCGGCUUUAAUAAAGAAAUUCCUGAAGCAUGUCCCGGGUACCGCGCCGCACAACAAAGCAGCCGCCGAGAAGAAAGCCACGCUAGACGCAAAGAAGCUCAAGGCUGCCUUGAGAAAGGAAAUGGAUCAAGAGCUGUUCAACAAGCUGGCCUACGGGAAGCUCGACGACCAGCUACACAAGCCCCAGCCUGAUUCCGUGCCGUCCGCUGGUAGACACGUCGCCAUGGCCAGCAGUUACAAGCAGUACAUGGACCUCCUUGCUGCCGCUCAAGCCAGCAAAAUUAAAAAGCGCACUAAGCUGGUAGAAAGUGUUUAA